AUGACGCCGAUCUCUUCAGCCAAGCUUCGAACUCGGACUGGCUGCCUACAAUGUCGGAAGCGCCGCAAGAAGUGCAACGAAGCACGGCCCCAAUGUGCGGGGUGCAACCGCAAUCGGCUCCAAUGUGUUUGGCCAUUUGAUAAGCAACGAAAAGAUGGACGGACACGACGACUAUCAUCGGGGGUGGAAUCGACCUCAAAUAAAAGUGAAGACGGACUGUCGCCGGUCGACUCGCCGACUCUACGUAAUGGACUCCACCCGCCAGUCCAGAUGCCAUCACCGUUCCAGCUCGAGGAGCAUUGUUAUCUGUACCGGUAUUUUGGCUCUGUUGUUUUGCCACAGAUGGUGCGACGGAACUCACUUGCCAGAUAUGCGGAUCAGUCAUAUAUGUUGCGACUUGCUCUCGAAUUUCCUCCACUUAUGGGCGUGUUGAUCUCGAUCGCUGGAAUGAAGCUAGCUUCUUUCAAUGGCGGAUCAAUAUACUGCGCAGUUCAAAGCUAUACACAGUCAUUGAAUGGAUUACGGAGGGCUCUUAGUCGAACGACUGACAGCGGAUCAAACGAUGCCCUCCUUGCUACUGUUAUCACUCUUUCUGUGUUUGAGGUACGGAGGGAAAAGAAUAUCUGCUUUUCUGACCAUCGAUCAUGA